AUGUUGGGCGGUACAAGCGGAUUUGAUGCAGACGACAGAGUUGAACGCACUAAUUCCCGUGCUGCACGUGAUAUGAGUAAUACUGAAUCGUACAAAUUGUCAAAUCGCACGCUAAACGCAGUAUCUGGUAACGAAUCAUGUACAAGAAAUUCCGACGUUAGUGAAUCCGGUAUUGAUACAGCAUUUCAAAAACUUGCUUUCGCGCUGCACGAGGGAUUCAAUUUACCGAAACCGGAACUAUUAACUUUCAGCGGAAAGCCAACGGAAUAUUGCAAGUUUAUAAAGAACUUUGAAAUUAAUAUAGAAAAUAGAGUUUCUGAUGACAGCCAACGGUUGAGCUAUUUAAUACAAUACUGCUACGGUGAAGCAAAAAUUUGUAUCGAAGACUGUGUGUUGUUAGAACCAAGUGAAGGAUACAAGCGCACACGCGAAAUCUUAUACUCUCGUUAUGGAAGACCGCACGUGAUCAAGAGGACAUACAUUGAAAAACUUGUAGAAGGUCCCCAGUUAUCAGCAUCUGACAUUAAAGGUUUUUCUAAUUUAGCAAUGGAAAUGCAAAAAUGUGAAAUAACGUUGUCACAACUAGGUUUCUCUUGUGAAUUAGAUAACUCUCAAAAUUUGAGACGUAUUGUGAAGCGGUUACCAAUGCAUUUGAGAGUGAAAUGGGUUGAGAUCACACACGUGAUUAAUGAGUCUGGUAGAGAACCAAAGUUUUCCGAUUUAGCGAGAUUUGUAGAUGAAAAGUCGCGAGUUGCUAAUUCCAUGUACGGUAUAGACAUUGUCAAGGAAAAUAGAUCAUUAAAAGUGGAACACAAGACGACUUCCGGUCGAUCUUAUGCUGAAAAACCUUCAAAAGAUAUAACAACAUUGACUACUCACAGUGAUACGGAAAUGAAGAAGUACGAUCGAAAAUGUAGAUGUUGCCAUGGUAACUGUGCAGACUUAUGUUCAUGUGUGAAAUUCAAGUCUAUGAAUUUAAAAGAACGGAACGAAGUGGUUAAAAAGAACAAACUGUGCUUUAAUUGUUUGAAAGGAAAUCAUUCCUUUAAUAACUGUAGGAAACCAAAGUUAUGUACCGUGCCGGAUUGUAGAAUAAAACACAAUAUUCUACUACAUAGUUGGACUGGACCACGGAACGAGGCUUCAGUCACACAAUCCUCGGUGAAUUGCGCAGCUGUUAAGAGUUCAUUUGUGAAGAACUGUUUGGGUGUUGUGCCUGUGAUUGUAAGAGGCGAAAACGGGAUUCAGUGUCAUACAUACGCGCUGUUAGACGAUGGUGCUGAUAAAACACUUUGUGACGAGAGACUGUUACAGAAGUUAAAUGUUGAUUGUAAGCCAAUUACGUUUCAAAUAUCAACCGUGAACUCAUCUAGCAGCACGAGUUAUGGGCAUGAAGCGGACCUUACAGUUAUGGCUGUAAACGGAACCGGAAGUGAGGAAGUCUCCCUCCGUAAGGUAUGGUCGGUGAAGAAACUACCGAUAUCUGCAAAAUCAGCGGCAAUGCAUUUAGAUUACAAAACUUUUCCAUACUUAUCUGACAUUGAAAUUCCCCAAAUUCCCAAUACUGAUGUAAUGCUUCUUAUUGGCACAGAUUUCCCAGCAGCCCAUAUCCCCUUAGAAGUACGGUCAGGAGAUAGUGACCAACCAUAUGCAGUGCGUUCCCGCCUAGGAUGGGCGAUUCGUGGUCCCUUGAAAGACGAUACAGCUCCCAGUGCAGUAAAUAUCCACUUUGAACAGUCCAGAGACAUAUUAUUACAGCAACAAUUAGAAAAGAUGUGGAAUACUGAUUUCAACGACAGAUUGAACGAGAAAAAUUCUAUGUCAUUAGAAGACAAAAGUGCAAUGGAAAUAAUGGAAUCUUCUCUUAUUCAUAAAGACGGACACUACAUGAUGGGGUUACCAUGGAAAAACGAAAACGGACAAUUGCCUAACAACAUUCCACUCGCUCAAGUGCGUCUUCAACAACUAAGAAACAAACUGUCACGUGACCCAGGAUUACAGAAAAUGUACACAACUACCAUGAACGAAUAUAUAGAGAAAGGUUUUGCGACUGAAUUACCGGAAUUGGAGGACGAAAAUUAUCACAAACGUAUCUGGUACUUACCACAUCAUCCAGUUACUAAUGUAAACAAACCAGGGAAAGUUCGCAUUGUGUUUGAUUGCGCUGCGAAAUAUAAAGGCGUUUCAUUGAAUAGCCAACUGCUUCAAGGACCUGACCUAAUGAACAGUCUUAUGGGCGUAGUAAUUCGUUUUAGAAAAGAGAAAAUAGCCCUUGCCGCGGAUAUAGAAUCCAUGUUUCAUCAAGUGCGCGUUACGGAUGAAGAUCGCAAUGUUUUACGUUUUCUAUGGUGGCCUGGUGGGGACUUAAAUAAGAAACCAAAGUGUUACCGCAUGAAUGUACACUUGUUUGGAGCGACAUCAUCACCAAGUUGUGCGGCGUAUGCCUUAAAGAGAACUGCAGUUGACAAUGCCGAAAUAUUUGAACCGGAAGUGGUUACUACAGUCCAGAGAAAUUUUUAUGUUGACGACUGUUUGAAGUCUGUGGAAUCAGAACAAAAGGCAAUAAAGUUAGCAACUGAUCUUCAGUCAAUUAUGAAGUUAGGCGGAUUUCGACUGACUAAAUGGCUAAGUAACAGCAGAGAAGUUUUGAAUGCUAUCCCAGACUCCGAACGCGCGCCUUCUGUUGUAAAUUUGAGUCUCGAUGAUACCUUACCUUGUGACCGCGCCUUAGGAGUACUUUGGAAUGUAAAUGAAGAUAAAAUUUGUUUUAAAGUAAAAUUGGAAAAGAAGCCUUUCACGAGACGUGGAAUUCUUUCCGUCGUAAGUUCUAUAUACGACCCACUUGGACUUGUGUCUCCUGUUACACUCCAGGCCAAGGGUAUAGUACAAAGUUUGUGCAGAUUGAAGAUUGGCUGGGACGACCAGAUACCACACAACAUCAGUAAUGAAUGGCAAUCAUGGUUAUCUACCUUAUCUAGCUUAGAAAAGCUAUCUGUGAAUCGCUGGUACAGACCACAGGGAUUUGGGACCGUCAGAAAUACCCAGUUACAUAUAUUCAGUGAUGGCUCGGAACGAGGCUAUGGUGCAUGCGCUUACUUGCGUUUUGUUGAUGUACAUGACAACGUACAUUGUUCCCUGGUGAUAGGAAAAUCUCAUCUAGCACCAAUAAAGCAGAUGUCUAUUCCACGACUGGAGUUAUCUGGCGCUGUAGUAGGGUGUAGAUUAUUUGCAAUGUUAUCUGAAGAAUUAGAUAUGAAUUUUGACAAAGUUACCUUUUGGACAGACUCCAUGAUUGUUCUUGGAUAUAUAAAUAAUGUGUCCAAGCGGUUCAAGACGUUUGUUGGGAAUAGGCUCAGCAUAAUUCAUGAAACAACUUCCCCAGACCAGUGGCGCCAUGUGCACACAAGUUCGAAUCCCGCAGACAUAGCUUCCAGAGGAAUAAGUGCAUACGAUACUGAAAAACUUCAUUUAUGGUUAAAUGGACCAACGUUUCUUCAGCAAGACUCUGAAAAAUGGACAAAAAAUCCACUUCCGCCGGAAGUAGCAGAAAAUGAUAACGAGGUCAAGAAGGAAGUCCUGAUUAAUAAAACUUCUGCAGCUGAAUGUCUAGAUAGCAUUAUAGAUCGCUAUUGUAGCUGGACGAAACUAAGAAGAGCAGUCGCAUGGUUGCUAAGAUACAAGACUUUCUGCAGACAGCGAUACCUAAAACACAAGUUGAAAAUGGUAGAUGGCAACUUAACAUUAGAAGAAAUCCAGACAGCAGAGCAUAACAUAAUGUUGUAUGUACAGAAUACAGCAUUUUCUAGUGAAAUUAACAAUUUACAAAAUUCUAAGCCGGUCAAAAAGGACAGCAGUAUCGCUUCAUUGAAUCCUGUGAUAUAUGAUGACCUCAUUCGGGUACAGGGUCGACUUCAAUCUCGCAACCCGAGUAAAUGUCCAGUGAUACUACCCAAUAAAAAUACCGUGACAAGAUUGAUAAUACGACAUAUACAUGAAAAUAAUGGUCAUGCCGGGAAACAGCAUGUACUAGCCGCAUCCCGUGAAAAAUACUGGAUACUUCAGGGACCUAGUGCAGUGAAAAAUAUUGUAAAGAAUUGCAUUAUAUGCAGACGACAACAUACCCCAUUGAUGACUCAACAGAUGGCCCCUCUCCUACCCGAGCAGACGACACCAGAUGAACCUCCGUUCACGAAUGUAGGUAUUGAUUACUUUGGACCACUUAUUGUAAAAGCAGAGCGUACACAUGUAAAGAGAUACGGUUGUCUUUUCACGUGUCUUGCAACUAGAGCAGUACAUCUUGAAGUUACACACACUUUGACAACUGACUCAUUCAUCGCAGCAUUUCAGCGUUUUACGGCUAGAAGAGGAUAUCCGAAGAAGGUGUACAGUGAUAAUGGAACAAAUCUUGUGAGCGGUGAUCGUCAAUUAAGACACUCGAUUCAAGAAUGGAACAAUUCGAAAAUAGGAAAAUUUAUGACUGAAAAAGAAAUUAAGUGGAACUUUAACCCACCUCAAGCAAGUCACCGAGGAGGAGCGUGGGAGAGACUGAUUCGUUCUACGAGAACUAUUUUGAAAUCAUUAAUCAAGCAACAACUUCUUACAGAUGAGCAGCUUCUUACUUUGAUGACAGAAGCCGAAAGGGUACUCAACGAUAGACCAAUAACCCCUGUUAGUGACGACCCAAAUGACUUGUUAGCCUUAACUCCAAACAUGUUACUAUUAAUGAAAUCUAACAGCAGUAUUCCAAAGGGAGUGUUUAAGAAUGAAGACAAUUAUGUAAAGCGUUUGUGGAAACAAGUACAAUAUCUGGCUAAUAUAUUUUGGAGAAGAUGGGUCCGUGAAUACAUACCGUCCCUGCAAAGUCGUUCAAAAUGGCAGAGGAAAACUACAGAUUUGCGUGUUGGUGACAUUGUGUUAGUUUCUGACGAGAAUACUACAAGGGGACAAUGGCCCUUAGGACGUGUUAUCCAGAUACGAGAAAGCCGAGAUGGACAUGUUAGAAGUUGUGUUGUUAAAUACAAAGACACUGAAUCAGUGAAAUCUAUUACUAAAUUGUGUCUACUUGAAAGUUCACCUUAG